UGAAGGGCAGGGCGCAUACUUCGCACUGGUUAUGCUGUAGGCUACCAGCUACUUUGCGCACUGUCUGUCUGGAUCUAAUCGGCAGCCUAAAGUGCCCAACGCUUUCUAUCGCCGCUUUGCUAUUCGCAUUUAUCCAUAGAGACCCUUGGAUUUGUACGUGCGCGUCAUUUCUGACCUGUGGAGUGAUUUUACGCAGCGGCAAUUUGGGACUGAUCUUAUCGAAUCCGAAUGGAAUCAAACGGCAGAGCGGGAAAACAUGGUUUAGAGGGCGAUGUGGACCUCCAGAUCCUGCUGUUGGGGGGAAAGCUGAUGAAAGUAAAGUCUUCCUCUUGGAAAAAGGUCCGAAUGUACAAGCUGCAUGAUGACUACGUGACCGUAUGGCAUGAGUCACACAGGAUCUUCAAGAGAAAACAGAACUUCUCCAUUGAUGACGUAGACUCUGUGCGUAAGGGCCGUCAGUCGGAGGGUCUUAAGAAGCACACAGAGGCCCACGUGGAGGACCUCUGUUUCUCCAUCAUCUUUAAGGGCCGCAGGAGGACCCUGGACCUGGUGGCGACCUCGGUGGAGGAGGCUAGGCAGUGGGUCAACGGUCUGGAGAAGAUCCUCUCUAACAUGAAGAAACUCAACCGCCAGCAGACGAGCGAGCACUGGAUCUUCAACUGUAUGAGGAAAGCAGACAAGAACAAUGACAACAUGAUGACUCUGAAGGAGCUGAAACACUUCCUCCGACAGAUCAACAUCGAGGUGGACGACACCUACGCUAAAUUGCUGUUUACAGUUAGAGCUGCUCUGGCACUGACUCAAUAUGAGCUGGAUGACUCAGCAAAGCAUAUGAAUCACAUGACCAAAGAUGGCUUCCUGAUGUACAUGCAACAGGAGGAGGGGUCUAUCUUCAACCCCGCCCACAAGAAGGUGUUCCAGGAUAUGAGCCAGCCAAUCAACCACUACUUUAUCAGCUCUUCCCACAACACCUAUCUGAUGGAAGACCAGCUCAAAGGCCCCAGCAGCACAGAGGCCUAUAUCAAGGCCCUGAUGAAGAGUUGUCGCUGUGUGGAGUUAGACUGUUGGGACGGGGCCCAGGGGGAGCCAGUCAUCUACCACGGCCACACCCUCACCUCCAAGGUCCUGUUUAAAGAUGUCAUCAAGGCCAUCAAGGAGUAUGCCUUCAAGGUAACCAUGACACCUGACCCUAACCCAUCAUGGAGUACGCCUUCAAGAUUUGUGCCUCGAUACAAACCUGUCUCGGCGCUCCAUGGACAUUUCCUUCGACCUCAUGAGUUGAAGGGUCGGUUCAUCAUCAAGGGGAAACGUCUGAACAAGCUGGAUGCCGUCUUCAGCAGUACUAGUCCUGGACUAGAGGAAGACUGUGUCUCAGAGGAGGACGAGGCUGCAGAGACCAGCAACUCCAAGACAGACUCCAACACAGACUCCAACGGACAGAAGGCCAAAGCCAAGGUAUGGGAACACGCUGCUGUGGUGCCAUGCUACUGUGCUAAAGCCUUUAUCCAACAUAACAUGACCAAGCUGAGCCGUAUCUACCCAGCUGGCUCCAGAACAGCCUCCUCCAACUACAACCCAGUUCCCCUGUGGAACGCAGGCUGUCAGAUAGUGGCGCUGAACUUCCAGACUCCCUCUAAGGAGAUGGACCUGAACCAGGGACGGUUCCGAUCCAACGGGCUGAGUGGAUACGUCCUGAAGCCUGAAUUCCAGAGAGACCCUGGGUCAGAGUUCAAUCCUAUGACCCUAACCAAGGGACCCUGGAUCAAACGCCAGGCCUUCCACAUCAUGGUUUUAACCCCAUGUGGAAUGAUGUUCCUCUCUGCAGGUUUUAACCCCAUGUGGAAUGAGACGUUCCAGUUUGACAUCCAGGUACCAGAGCUGGCCAUGUUGCGCUUCCUGGUCGAAGACUAUGACGCUACCUCACAGAACGACCUGAUUGGACAUUACUGCCUGCCACUGACCAGUCUACAGAACGGUUACCGCCACGUCCCUCUGCUCACCAAGCGUGGUGAUGUCAUCCCCUCCGCCGGCCUGUUUGUUCACCUCAUGCUGCUGGACGCCAAAUAGAUCCCGACCCACUUCACACUGACGCCUCCCACACCAUACUGACCUCUCCCACACCACACUGACCCCUCCCACACCACACUGACCCCUCCCACAUCACACUGACCCCUCCCACAUCAUACUGACCCCUCCCACACUGACCCCUCCCACACCACACUGACCCCUCCCACAUCAUACUGACAAUUCCCACAUCCUUGAGCUGUAACUGACAAGGUUUUUAAUAUGUUGAUAUUUAAUGUUUUAUCUAUUUAAAAAAAAAAAUCUUUACACUUCUUUUAAGUUUGUUCCACCUGAGUAAGUCUGACCACAAGUCAGAGACCACUAUGAUGACACACCAAAAUGUGUUUGACGGAUCGCGGGAAAAUAUGCUUUUGAAGGCUACAGUCCAAACUGUGGUGUUUUUGUCACACUGCUUUGCUUUAUCUUGGUCGCAGUUGUAAACGAGAACUUGUUAAAUAAAUUAAAUAAUAUAUA